AUGUCCCUUAUUUCACAAAUCCCGGUUUUGAUUGUGGUGAAAACUCUAAAAAAUUCAUUUUUUAACUUGGGAGAUAAUAGGGAGAAAAUAUUUAUUACGUCUAAAAGCUUAGCCUUCCAUCCAAGAAGUCUUGAAGGCUGGUGUUCUCUUAAUCCACGUGUAACAUUCCCUACUCCGAUGUGCACCCCAUACGAAAUGUUUGCUUGUUUCCCAAUAUACACACCAAUCUCUACCGGACCAACCAGAUCUUUUUUUUCAGUUCCUGAAGAUGUGACUGUGUACAUUGGCAAGCAAUUAAACGUUUCAUUUCAGCUUCCUAUCAAAAUUAACGAAUUUAGUAUAUUUGAUUUUCUCAUUUCUGAGUGCAAAACUCUACAGACAAAUCCUUUCCAGAUGUUUAUUGAUCAAACCAUUCGCAACUUCUUUAAGUUUCAAGUUAAAAUCUCGAGAGAAAAUACCAGACUGCUGUAUAAACCUCUACUAGACAUAGAAAACAGUGCUAUAUUCUAUGUCUAG